AUGAAACCCACACAACGUUAUGCAUAUUCACGUAAUGGUGACCAAGGUCGUGUAGAUGAAAAGUGUCUUGUUCGUGUACAAAUUCCGACGGUCGAUUCAUCCGAGAAUGGCAAAGUGCGCUACCACGUGCGUAUAACGAAUGUCCGGUCGGGUCAAGUGUGGCAAGUAGCACGCCGCUUCUCCGAGUUUCUUCAGCUACGCAAUGACUUGAUUGAGUUUUUUGGCAAGACUGAUAAGAAAUGUCCGGGAUGUCGUAACUAUGAAAAAGUACUCAAGCUGUUUGAGUUUCCACGCAAGCACGUGUUUACAAGUGUCACGCCUGUUGUUAUUAACUAUCGGAAGAAAGCGCUACGGAGUUUUGUGGCUUUGCUAGCUUCACAUACUUUUACUACAACACCAAAGUGUCCAACGUGCAGUGGUUUUCCAUUUACGGGUGUACGUGACUGGUUGACAACGGAUAUGGUUGUAGGAGCUGGCACUGCAAGCACGAUUGCUGGUGGAUCGCCUACUGAGUCAAUUCGCGAUACGAUGAACGUAAAGGAUUUUAUCAACUAUCAUCCCGUCACGAGCUCAAUGCCAGUUGACCAGGAAGGCCGCUUUGUCGGCAGCACGGCCCUCAAAUAUGCAUCUUCAGCUGUGAGCCCGACAAAGCAAACCGAGAACAAGUGGGUGGCUCGUAGUUCUCCACGUUCACAGGCCAAAGAACCGUUGACGCCGAAGGAAGACCCAUUGAAAUCUCAGCAGCGCUAUACAUCCAGCGAUAGUGUUUCCUCGACUGGUUCUGCAAAUGAUUCGCUGUCUCCUCCUUCCGUCGAUAAGUUUGUGAUACCGCCACCAGCAUCUGCAAUGAAGGAAAAGGAGAUGGAAGGAGAGGAUGAUGAUGAAGAAGACUUUGAAUCCUUUGCAGCUUGCUCUGCUGCGACUUCAAACGCAUCACGGGAUCCAAAGUAUGUGGACCAGCCCGCUUGUGAACCUCCAGCUAGUGAGAAUAGUGCUACUGGUGUCGAGAAAUCGUUUGAAAAGAGGCACUUUAAGUUUGCGCGCAGCUCGAUUGUGGCUGAUAGCGAGGAAUCGUGUGUUCAAACAUGUGAGAGUAGCAUGAUUGAUAUCGACGGCUGUGAUGACGAUGAAGACGACGAAGGUCUGAACAUGGAUUUUAUGAACUCAGUGUACGUAGCGCCCAACUAA